AUGCCUCAUGUGCGGAGUCUCGCAUCCAGGUGUAGACGUCGGGCUCGGGCUUGCCAACUUCGCUGGGUUCGACAGGAUUGUCCUCUUCCGUUGGUGCUCGAUGGCCUAGUCGCCCGUGACACGGUAUUGCAUGAAGAGUUGGAUACUAAGGCUAAUGAGCGUGACACGGUAUUGCAUGAAGAGUUGGAUACUAAGGCUAAUGAGUUGUUGACUGCAUUACUCCAUCCCUCCGAUAGCUGCGCAAUAGUUGAUUCAGUUGUAGCUCCCGACACGUCUCCUUCUAGGAGUGUUCGGGUCGAGGAUUGUGUUCCAGAGGUCCGCUACGCGUCUUCAAUGGAGGAUGGGACCCAGGUUGACUGCCCAAGGAAGCUUUCAGUUCGUACGAGAGUUGCUUCAGUUUCAGUCCAUGGAAGUGGCAUCGUUGCCAGUGGUAUGGAGUCGAGGGCGCUUGGAUGGUGGAAAUCUCGACAGAGUAUUGCUGGGGAGUGGCUCGGUACUGCAUCUGUCUCGCGUUCGCUUUCUUCCCCAUCGCGUGAUGUUCAGAGUUCUUCUUAUGGGAGUGAUGAUAAUGUUCCUGCGGUCCGCUACACACCUUCAUAUGACCCUAUCGCCGAAAAUGAGCGUGAAGUGUACGAUUCAAGUUCUGAUGAUGUCGACGCCAUGGACGAUUGGCAAAUUGGCGAGAGAUACGCGGCUGAGAUCAAAGACGUUUUGGCUCAUAUCGAGGUCUCUGUGGAAGUUCUAGGUAAUGAUGUUCUUCGGGAUAAACAUCUUGCCACUCAGCUGGAGAUAGAUAAGACUGGUGAAUAUCUUGCCAUUGGAACUCGAGGUAUGGAAGCUCACGAUCUGCUGGAUGAGCUUUAUAGGCUGCAUAAGGCGAAGGAUGAUCGUUGGCAUGGGUUUAUUUCACGGCUAAGGGAUGAUGAAUUCUUGACAAAGGCCGAGCGGCAAAACUGCGUGAGUAAUCUGUUGAUGGUCCAUGAUUUGAAGUUGGAAGACAUUCGGGAACACAUUAAGACAGGGACGGAGUUUGAGUAUGGACGCGAGAAAGAAAUAGAGGAAUUGAGCUUGUGUAUGGAUGCGUGGAAAGAUUUUCUUAUGAGUAUGUCUGGCUCCUUCUAG